AAUGGAGCUGUUUCAGUACUUGAUUAUGGAGCAGCACUUACUAAAUCUUUGUUGUAUUAUGAAGCUCAACGCUCUGGAAAACUGCCUCCUAACCAGAGAGUGCAAUGGCGUGGAGAUUCUGGGCUUAAAGUUGGCAGCGAUGCUCAAAUCGAUCUAGGAGGAGGAUACUAUGAUGCAGGAGAUAAUGUAAAGUUCGGAUUUCCAAUGGCAUUUACUGUGACGAUGCUUGCAUGGAGCUCUGUCGAAUUCCAAUCCCAGCUAGAGGCCAAAAAUGAACUCUCAAAUGCCCUGGACACCAUCAAAUGGGGCACAGAUUACUUCUUCAAAGCCCACCCUCAGCCAGACGUCCUUUAUGAUGAAGUAGGUGAUGGUGAUUCCGAUCAUUCUUGUUGGGAGAGAGCGGAGGAAAUGACCACUCCGAGGACUACUUUUAAGAUUGAUGAUCACCACCCUGGUGCUGAUCUUGCAGCUGAGACUGCUGCUGCCUUGGCUGCUGCAUCUAUUGCUUUCAAACCUUCUAACCCUACAUAUGCAACUGAAUUAAUAAAUCAUGCAAAACAGCUUUUUGAGUUUGCUCGUAAUCACCCUGGUCAAUACCAAAACAGCAUCCCUGUGGCUGGAAAAUUCUACUCCAGCAGUGGAUAUGAGGCUGAUUACAAAUUAGGAUCAAAUCCAAAUAAUAUGAGAUAUAUGUGGUUGGAUUCCGAUCAAACUACACCAGCAGCUACUCCUACAGUUCCAGCAGCAGCAGCACCAGCUCGGAAACAAGAAGACCACCCGCAAAUUUUAACAAAAGAAACAAAAGUUAAAAGCAAGCAAAAAGCGGGGCUGGGAACAUAUCGCCAUAGACAAUCUUUUCUGAUGUGCGAUCAUCCAGAGUUUUCUGAAUUCUUUUAA